CUGAGGAGUGGCAUGUUAAUACCUCUGCCCAAGACUCUUGCCUGCCACUCUGCCUCCAGCUUCUGAGCAAUCAUGGACAGGAUUUUCUCUGGCUUCUUGCUCUCUGCGUUUCUUCUCUUCCAGGAUCACGGUAUUUACGGGGCUCCCCCUCAGCCCAGAGGUGCUCUGUGUAGGACGAGACCCUCCGACCUGGUGUUCAUCAUAGACAGCUCCCGGAGUGUGCGCCCCCAUGAAUUUGAGCAGGUCAAAGUAUUCUUGUCCCAGGUCAUCGAGUCCCUAGAUGUGGGCCCCAAUGCCACUCGGGUGGGGGUGAUCAAUUAUGCCAGCACAGUCAAGAAUGAGUUCUCCCUCAAGACCCACUGGACCAAAGCCAGCCUGCUGCAAGCAGUCCGCAAGAUCAAGCCUCUCUCCACGGGCACCAUGACGGGCUUGGCAAUCCAGUUUGCCAUCAAUAGGGCGUUCAGCGACUCAGAAGGGGCCCGUGUGAGGUCUCCUGAGAUUAAUAAGGUGGCAAUCAUUGUGACAGACGGACGCCCCCAGGAUGGUGUGAAGGAUGUAUCAGCAAGGGCAAGAGCCCUUGGCAUUGAGCUGUUUGCCAUCGGCGUGGGCCGAGUGGACAUGAACACUCUUCGGCAAAUGGCCAGCGAGCCGCUGGAUGAGCACGUGGACUAUGUAGAGAGCUACAGCGUCAUUGAGAAACUGGCCACGAAAUUUCAAGAGGCCUUCUGUGAUCUGUCAGACCUCUGUGCCUCUGGAGACCAUGACUGUCAGCAGAUAUGUGUCAGCACACCCGGGUCAUACACCUGUGCUUGCAAAGAGGGCUUCACAUUGAACAACGAUGGGAAAACCUGCAGUGCCUGCAGUGGUGGAUCUGCCACUGACCUUGUGUUCCUGAUUGAUGGCUCCAAGAGCGUGCGGCCGGAGAACUUUGAGCUUGUGAAGAAGUUCAUCAACCAGAUUGUGGAUUCAUUGGAUGUCUCCGAUCAAAAUGCUCGCGUGGGCCUGGUCCAGUACUCCAGCUCUGUCAGGCAGGAGUUCCCGCUGGGACGGUACAACAACAAGAAGGACAUCAAGGCAGCAGUGAAAAGAAUGUCCUACAUGGAGAAAGGAACCAUGACAGGCCUAGCGCUGAGGCACCUCACUGAAAAGUCCUUUGAUCCCUCCAGUGGAGCAAGACCUGGCGUACCCAAGGUGGGCAUUGUCUUCACGGAUGGACGGUCACAAGAUUACAUCAGCGAUGCUGCCAAGAAAGCCAAGGAUUCAGGCUUUGAGAUGUUUGCUGUGGGAGUGAGCAAUGCUGUUGAAGAUGAAUUAAGGGAAAUUGCCUCAGAGCCAGUGGCAGCACACUACUUCUAUACUGCUGAUUUCAGUACCAUCAACAAGAUUGCGAAGGAACUGCCGACGAAAAUCUGUGUCGAGGAGGACCCAUGUGAAUGUAAAGCCAUUGUGAAGUUCCAGACAAAAGUAGAAGACCUCAUAAAGUCAUUGACACGAAAACUGGAAGCUGUGACAAAAAGGAUUGCAGCCCUGGAAAACAAGAUCAUCUAAACACCCAGAGCACUAUUAUAUUUCUCCUUCCUAACGUAACAGAAUUGUUCCAGAAGACCUUCAUGCAUACACAGGAGCAACUCAGCCACAGCACUACAUCCAGCUUUCUAAAUAAAAAAAAAAAAAAAGGAAAAAAAAGUCUAGUCUAGCUGAAUUCUUUUAAAAAGGAAACAUUAUAAUGUUAGAGCAGACAUCAUAUUAAAGGGCAAAGCACUGUGAAUCACUGGGUGCCAAAAUGUGUGAAUGUCCCUUGCAUCCUAUAGUAUACAUAUAUAAAAACCCAGAAAUAUAUUUUUUAUUCUAAAGCUUAAUAUAUAAGGGAGGAGGGAUAGUUGGGGGGAGGGAUAGCUCAGUGGUUUGAGCCUGC